AUGUGUGUCAAAAUGUGUUUCGGCAUUCUGCUCGCCCUCGCCAAUUUAGCGCUAGCAGCAGUAGGUCUUCUACUCUGCACAAUCGGCUCCCUUUUGAGUCAAAAACCUAGUAAAAUUUUGAGCAUGCUCAUGGGGAAUGAGAUCCUAUUGCAAGUGGACGUCGAUAGUCUUGCGGAGUCAAUGGAUUCCACCAUCAGCGUCUGGUUGAUCUUAGUUGGCCUGUUCAUGUUGGUGACUGCCGUGCUCGGUAUGGUGGCCGGAUGUUGCAGAAUCAACUGUAUUCUCUCGAUCUACAUCAUUUUAAUCACCAUCCAGAUUGUUCUUUGUGGAAUACUGAUAUUUGUGCUAAAAAAUGAAGUAAAAUGGUUGCAUGACAAAGUCGAAUUGUUUGUUAUGCAACUUUUUAACAAUUCUCAGAGCCUAGAUUAUUACUCGUCUCCUUUAAAUGAGAGCAUUAAACCACCAAUUUUGCUCGUGUUGCAUCAAUUCUAUAACUGCUGUGCUUUAUAUAAUUUGACCGUUUCCAACAAAACAAUUGACUAUUCAAAUUGGACAACAAUUGAAAAUAAGACUUGCUGUUAUGAUUCAGGCUCAACUGCAUGUCUGUCUAAUGCGAAUCCUGACAACAGCUACGUUGCGAUUGGAUGCGGAGACAUCUUAUGGCGGUUUCUUGUAACCUACCUUCCCUUAAUUAUUAAACUUUUGCUAUGUUGGGAACUGUAUCUCGUGGGCCUACUAGCAUUGGCACUUGCGACAAAGAAAUGUUAA